UUCAGCAGUCCAACCAUGACCCACACCGUCACCAGGGCUCCCUGUUGGUGGAGGACUUCUUCGUUGUAUCCUGGCUACUGAACUCUUAUGAGAUACAUACUUUUCAAAUGGAAGGAAACCUGGGAGAGUCAGAAUAUGUGUCUCCAGCGGGGUGCAGGAGAACUAAUCCAGUCCAAGCAGCUGGGGCUCUAGGGUGGCCGGCCGUCUGCCACAUCCGUGAAUCGCAAGGACGACCCAGUACCCUGUGUGCACACCCAUCUCUUCUUGGCUCAGAGACCAUUGUCAUUCCGCUAGACUGCCGGAGGCCGCAGUGAGGAAUGGACUCAAUGGUCAUUGAAGAUGUGGCUGUGGUCUUCAGCCAGGAGGAGUGGGCUUUGCUGGAUCUUGCUCAGAGAAAACUCUAUAAAGAUGUGAUGAUGGAAACCUUCAGAAAUCUAACCUCUAUAGCCUCUUUAAACCAUGAUGAUGGAGAAAAUGUAUCCAGUGAACAUACAGUGGUGCAAUUCAUGAAGAAUAACACCUGGUCCUCCAUGUUCCCAGAAGUCUCCAAAUCUCAUGCCAAUAAGGAUCAGCACACAAAAAAUGAGAAGCGACAUUUGAGAACUCAUACCAUAGACAACAUCUGUGAAAGUAAUGAAGGAAAUCAGUGUGGAACCACUUUCAGCCGGAUUCUAAAUCACACUGUGCUGAAAAGAAGUCCUUCGGAAGUAAAUGCUUCUGAAUUCUAUGAGUGUGGGAAAGCCCUCGUGGAUCACUUACCACAGAAGCGUCAGACUACAGCUCACGGUACUUGUCCGUGUGAAGAAUGUGGAGAAGCCUGCAGCUGCCCCUUUCCCCUAACCACUCAUAUGAGAAGUCUUAGUGGAAAACAACCCUAUAAAUAUGAGGUACGUGGGAACGAACUAAUUUGUGUCUCAAAGCUUACUAAUCCUGUGACAACACUUACUGGUGGGAAACCCUAUGGAUACAGUGAAUGUGGGAAACAUUUCAGUCGUUUCUCAUCCUUGUCGGUGCAUUUGAAAAACCAUGAAUGUAACGAGUACUGUAAACCAUGUAGUCAUCCUUCACCUUUUGUUUUCCAUGAGAAAUUUCGAAACACGGAGAUGCCCUAUGAAUGUAAGCAGUGUGGAAAAGCCUUUUGGCAGCUCUCAACCUUAACCACACAUUUAAGGUCUCACACUGAAGAGAGGCCUUAUGAAUGUAAACAAUGUAGGAAAGCCUUCAGGUACCUCUCAGCCCUCACCAAACACAUAAGGAUUCACAGUGGAGAGAGGCCUUAUGAAUGUAAGGAAUGUGGGAACGCCUUCAGGCAGACAUCAGCCCUCAAUACGCACAUAAGAAUUCACACUGGAGAGAAACCUUAUGAAUGUAAGGAAUGUGGGAAACGCUUUAGGGGUUCCUCAGAUCUCACUGCACAUUUAAGUAUUCACAGUGGAGCAAGGCCUUAUGAAUGUAAGGAAUGUAAGAAAGCCUUUAAGAAGCUCUCAGCCCUCACUAAGCAUAAAAUCAUUCACACUGGAGAGAGGCCUCAUGAAUGUAAGCAAUGUGGGAAAGCAUUCAAGUAUCACUCAGACCUUAGUACACAUUUAAGGACUCACAGUGAAGAGAGGCCUUAUGAUUGUAAGGAAUGUGGGAAGGCCUUUAAGCAUAUGUCAGCUCUCACUACACAUACAAGAAUUCACACUGGAGACAGGCCUCAUGAGUGCAAGGAAUGUGGGAAAUAUUUUGUGUAUCUCUCGGCUCUUGCAACACAUAUGAGAAUUCACACUGGAGAGAGGCCUUAUGAAUGUAAGGAAUGUGGGAAAACCUUUAGGUGUUCCUCACAUCUCACUAGACAUAUAAAAGCUCACAGGAAAGAGAGGCCUCACGAAUGCAAGGAAUGUGGGAAAGGCUUCAUGUACAAAUCAUCCCUUUCUGCCCACAUAAGGACUCACAGUGCAGAGAAGCCUUAUAAAUGUAUGGAAUGUGGGAAAGCCUUUAAGCAGAUCUCAGGACUCACUGCACACAUAAGGGUUCACAGUACAGAGAACACAUGAACAUCAGAAAGGUGGGAGAGCCUUUUCGUGUUUCUCAACCCUGGCUACAAAUACAAUGCUGCCUAGUGGAACCAGACCUUAUGAAUGCAAGCAGUAUGAGAAAGCCUUUAUAUUCUCCUCACUCCUCUCUAGAGAUAUAAAAAGUCACUGUAAAGAGACUGUUCUAUUCAAGAGCUACCUGUUUCAUUCAAAGAGCAAAUUUCAAAAGCUCUGCAAUUGAAAUAUAAUUUCUCAGUGACUAGGAAACAACUUCUUAUCCAAAUAAGGGGUUAUUAGAAUACCUUUCUGUCUUUGGGUAAAAUGCCAUUAUCCUUGUAACAAUGAGGAUGUAUUCAUCAGUGUUUGUUAAUUUCUCAUUACAAGUUAAAGUUUUAACUUUUUUAAAGGUUUUGGCUAUUACAAAUGAGACUAUGAGGAAUAUCUUGAAUAAAUGUGGUUUUAUGAUUUUUAAAUGUACCAUUGAUGUCAUUUAUAUGCAAUAAAAAACACUGAUCUUGUA